AUGGCUACUACUGCUAAGCGUGGGGUUGCUGCUGAGGUUGCUGAUGUUGAGAAGGGUGCGGAUUAUGCGCAUUUGACUAACGAUGUUGUGGAGAGCUUCAGUUGGGAGGAUGUUACCGUUUCUGUCAAGGAUCGGAAGACGAAGAUGUCGGUUGAUAUUCUGGAUGGGAUCAGUGGAUUCGUGGAAGCAGGUGAAAUGCUUGCUCUGAUGGGCCCCAGUGGUUCUGGCAAAACGACUCUCCUCAACGUCCUCGCUCAUAGAGCCGCAACUCCAAACGCCACCAUCCAGCAGACGCUUUGCAUCAACGGGACACCGACCUCGCUCGCAAGCUUUCGGAAGCUCAGCUCGUACGUCGAGCAAGAUGAUGCCUUAGUCGGCUCUCUCACCGUUCGAGAAACGUUGUAUUUUGCUGCUCAGCUCGCACUUCCCAGCUCUAUCAACAAAACUCAACGCAAGACUCGCAUUGAAGGCCUGCUGUCAGCAUUUGGGCUGCAGAACCAGGCUGACACAAUCAUCGGGACACCAAUCCGCAAGGGUGUGUCGGGGGGCCAAAAGAGAAGAGUUAGUGUGGCUAGUCAACUGAUCACGAGUCCUAAGAUUGUGUUCUUGGAUGAGCCAACCAGUGGGCUGGAUUCUGCGGCGAGUUAUGAGGUUAUGAGUUUUGUGAGGGACGUGGCUCGGAAGCACAAAGUUCUGGUCAUCGCAUCCAUACACCAACCUUCUACGACGACCUUUGAGCUCUUCGACAAACUCAUGCUCCUGUCGCGCGGCAAAGUCGCAUACAAUGGCCCAGUUAAACAAGUAGUAGACUACUUCGGCGGGUUGGGAUAUAACAUGCCGAUGUACACAAAUCCAGCCGAAUACCUCAUCCAGCUUGUCAACACCGAUUUCUCCCAGGAUCAGGCAAAAUCUAACCAACAACUCGCGCACCUCCACACGUCCUGGGCCGACUCACCAACCGCCGCUGCCUUGACCGCCAAGAUUCAUUCAGUAUCAAACAAUCCAGCACCGCUGACACCUUCAUCGAACAACUCCGCGAACCCUCUCCUCAUCCCACUCACCCUCAUCCACCGCUCAUUCAUAAAAUCUUACCGCGAUGUCGUCGCAUACGGAAUCCGGAUUGCGAUGUACAUGGGCCUAGCAAUCAUGAUGGGUACCGUGUGGUUGCGUCUCUCGCCUACGCAGGCCAACAUUCAAGCCUUCACUAACGCGAUUUUCUUCGGCGGCGCCUUCAUGUCCUUCAUGGCGGUUGCUUACAUCCCCGCGUACAUUGAGGACCUGCAUCUCUACACCAAGGAGCGCGCGAACGGUUUGUACGGACCGACUGCGUUCAUGGUAGCAAACUUCGUCAUUGGCAUUCCAUAUCUAUUCCUCAUCACGAUCCUGUUCUCCGUGAUCGCGUACUGGCUUGGUAACUUCCAGCCUAGCGCAACGGGCUUCUGGACGUGGGUCAUGUGGCUGUUCCUCGACCUGCUGGCGGCAGAGUCGCUCGUUGUGCUGCUCAGCUCGCUGAUCCCCAUCUUCGUCGUUGCACUCGCUGCUACGGCGUUUGCAAACGGACUGUGGAUGUGCGUGAAUGGGUUCAUGGUGCAGCCGGAAACUCUCAACGCUUUCUGGCGUUACGUCUUCCACUACAUCGAUUACCAGGCUUACGUGUUCCGGGGGAUGAUGGUGAACGAGUUUGGAAACAGGAAUUUUAGUUGUGCGCGCACAGAGGAUGGUGGGUGUCAGUGCAUGUAUCCUAGUGCGUUGCAGGAUCAGUGUUUGAUUGAGGGGAAGGCGGUAUUGAGCCAGUACGGGUAUGGGACCGGGAACGUGGGGCGGUAUGUCGGGUACAUGGUGGUCAUUGUGUUUGUGUAUCGGGUGUUGGGAUGGUUGGUGUUGUUUUUGAGGAAACACUGA